AUGAUACGCCACCAUCUCCAAGAGAACUUGAAAACUCAGUACAUGACCAUGGAAAAUCCAUAUGACCUUUGGAUCGCUUUACAGCGAAGAUAUGACCACCAGAAAACGGUGUUGCUUCCAAAGGCUCAAUAUGAUUGGAAACACAUAAGGUUCUUGGACUACAAAUCAGUAGAUGAGUACAACUCAGUCCUGUUCAGAGUUGUGUCCUUGUUAAGGUUAUGUGGUGAAAAAGUAACCGAGGAAGAGAUGUUUAAUAAAACUCUCUCCACGUUUCCUCAAACCAACAUUGUAUUGCAACAUCAGUACAGAGAGAGGAAUUUCGCCACAUAUACAGAGUUGAUAGAAUGUCUCUUGUUGGCUGAAGCUAACAACGAACUGUUAUUGAAAAACAGUGAGAUGAGACCUCCUGGUACAGCUCCAUUACCCGACAUCUCUAAGCUGGCUAUAGAGCCAAAGAAAUAG